AUGUUUCUAGGCCGGAGGAGGGUGCGGGAGUUCUUUCGCAAGCACUUCGGCACCGACCAAGUGAACGGCCAAGAGCCGCCCUCUCCCUCUCCUCCCUCCUCUCCCACCCCUCCAGCCCGCCGACCUCCCCUAACCCACGCUCCCUCGUCAACAAACACUGCCCGACCCGGUACACCGCGUUCGCACCAUCCUCCGAGUGGAGUGACGGUUGCUGAUAGGCCUGUUGGGAAUCCGAGGCCCGAGAGGAGUGGGAGGAGGAGGAGGAGGAGACGGACGCAGAGUCCGGUUGGACUGCCGCUUUACUCGCAGGAACCGGGGGAGGAAGAGAUGAGCCUGUUCAAGUCGCAGGACAUGUUCGAGUCGCAGCUCGAUUUGUCGCUUUCGCUCUCGCGCGCUACGACUGUGGAGCGCUCGUAUGAGGAUGGGGAGGGGUACGAGUCGGAGCAGGAGGAGGAAGAGGACGAGAUCUUCGAGCGAGGAGGAGAGACGAGGGGGAGGCCGUCGAUGGAGGGCGCCGCCAGAUUGGGCGGGGUGAGUCAGUCGAGUAGUGUGCAAGGGCACGGGCAGGACAGCUCAGGCGCCGGACUCCUCCAGCCCCCUUCGGUACUCUCGCAAGGCCGCCCACGCUCCGCAAGCGAACCCCUCGGCCCUCCACGGCUCUACACCACCUCGCCCAACACGCGCGUCUCCCUCUCACCCUACAUGUCGCACACGCCUUCUUCCGGCUCAAGUUCGCCCUUCGCCUCCCGCAGCGGACUAAUCGACAUCCCCCUCCGCCCGCCCUCUCCUCCCCAAACCCCUCCUCUUCCGUCUCCGCUCGCAACACGCUCACCAGGCCGUCCGACCUACUUCACCACUCACCGCUCGUCGCGCUCCUCACCUAUCAACACCCUCACUCCCCCCUCGCCCGCUUCGAGUAUCCGGAACGCUGGUCGUCCGCGGGCGUCGACGUUGCAGCGGUUACUUUCCGGCGGUGUGAACGGGUCCACCUCGAGUCUGGCGUCGGGAGGGAGUCCGUAUGCGGAGGGCGCAAUGGGGCGGACGGCGAGUGCGAGUACGGUUAGCAUCAGGACGCAGGAAAUCUCGGCGCCUCUUCCGGGUUCAUUCGUCCAUUCAUCCUUCAUCUUCCCCCGCUCCGGCCCAACUCCUCAACAAGUGGCGUUCAUCUCCUCCCGCGAAUCACUCGGCGCGUACGGGUACGGGAACGGUGUGGCACCGCCUCACCAUCCCCUUUCGCCUACGCUGCCCGAAGCUCCGCCUGCGUUUGGGUUGGAUGAGGGAGGGCGAAGGUCGGGCGGGUUGGAGCCUGGUACUGGGGAGGGUGGGGUGAGAGGAAGGGGAAGAAGCGGGAGCGAGGCGAGUAGGAUCAGUGGGAGGAGUCCGCUUGCGGUGGAGGUGAGGGAGGGGGAGGGGCAGUCGCCGCCUCGAUCGCCUCGCGAGGUCGGACAGCUGGACGAACGCGCGAGUGGGGCGCGGGGCGAGGCCGUCACAGCAGGAGCAGCGCACGUCCCGCCCGAACUCGUCUCUCCUCCUUCCCCAAAACCACCCUCUUCCGCCUCUCCCGCCGUCGACCUCUCCUCCACACGCUCCUCCCGCCCUCAUCCACCCGACAUCGUCACCCUCGCGCCAACCCCGACCGCCUCAGCCGCUCCUUCGCCCCUUCUUCCGCCGCUGUCGUCCGCUUCGGCGACGGAGCAGUUCUUCGACUAUCCGCCUGAGGUGGCGUUGAGGGAAGGUGCGGACGAUGCGACUGUCGCUCCGACUUCGACAGCGUGA